CAACGUUGGUCAGCCAAUACCACUUCUAAUCCCACAACCAGAAGCAUCGCUGCUGCGAUUAAGAGCUUCAUCCAAUAAAAGUUUGGCAAACAUUGUUCACAAACAUGCUCGCUUUUGCCCUCACUUCUGUUGCGGUGCCGACGCCAACGAGACGCUUGGCUCCUCCGACGCGCUUCUUCACUGUUGUGGGUCAUGGAUUCCCUUCCUUUCUCCCCAAGCAAGUCCAACAAGUCAAGGAUCCUUUUGCCCGGAGCUUCGCUAUGCGGAUUCAGCGAAUUCCCGUUCCCGAUUGUUCCUUUGUGAAUAGGAUUAUUCAUUAUUUCCUGUCUGCCUGUCUGGUUAACUUCUCAGAAAAUCCCAUUAUGAGUAGCUGCGUGAAGCCAGUGAUGCAAAACAAGGCAAAUCCGUUAGUUCUUCUGCAUGGUUUUGACAGCUCAUGUUUAGAAUGGAGAUAUGCAUAUCCAUUGAUGGAGGAAGCUGGUUUUGAGGCCUGGGCCAUUGACAUUCUUGGUUGGGGUUUCUCUGAUUUAGAAAAUCUUCCAUUAUGCGAUGUAGCAUCCAAGCGCCAUCAUUUCUAUCAGUUUUGGAAGUCUUACAUCAGAAGGCCAAUGAUAUUGGUUGGACCAAGCCUUGGCUCUGCUGUUGCCAUUGACUUCGCCGCCAAUCAUCCGGAAGCUGUGGAAAAGCUUGUUUUGAUUGAUUCCAGUGUAUAUGCAGAGGGAACAGGACCGCUAGCAACCUUACCUAGAGUGGCAGCUUAUGCUGGCGUAUACUUAUUGAAGAGCAUUCCUUUGCGCUUAUAUGCGACCUAUUUGACCUUCUCUGACGUAUCAUUUAGUACCAGUCUCGACUUGGCUAGUGUGGGUCGCUUGCAUUGCUUAAUGCCUUGGUGGGAGGAUGCUACAGUGGAUUUCAUGGCUAGUGGCGGUUAUAAUGUCGCUUCUCUGAUAAAAGAGGUAAAGCACAAAACUCUCAUCCUUUGGGGUGAGAAUGAUCGCAUCAUCAGCAAUAGGCUUGCAGUGCGACUGCAUUCUGAGUUACCUGAUGCAAUUAUACGCCAGAUCCCCAGCUGUGGCCAUCUACCUCAUCUUGAAAGCCCCAGUUCAGUUGUUAAAUUGAUUCUUGAGUUUGUUCAGAAAGAAACCAGCUAGGUAAAUCACUGUGUUUCACGUUAGAAGGUGCUUAGAGGGCUUUCUCUAACUAUUUAUUUGUAUUUGUUCUUGCUUCGGGCUCUGAAAGAUAGGAACAAUAGAGCUGAUCACAGAAGUUAAAAAUGGGUUAGUGAUAGUUAUGGCUUAUUGUUAGUAAUAGUUAUGGUAGAGCGUAAUGGUGUAGUGCAAUCCAUAUAGCUGAUCUCACCUAAUGAGAUAAGACUUGUUGUUGUAAUAGCUAUGGCUCUAUAAUUGUUUGUGGAAGCCUAUGUUUAUAUGAACUGGACAUUUCUGUUCUGGAUCUUAAUGUGAUAUUAAA